CUUCUCCGCGGCCCGGUACCGGCGCGGCGGCGUCCGCGUGGUGGGUCCCUGGACUCCGCGAGCCGGCGGUGAUUGGAGCUACACAGCUUGUGUCAUGGACUCUGAGGUCAGCAAUGGCUCAGGCCUGGAGGCUGAGCAUAUCACAAACCUGCUGGUGUUUGGCUUUCUCCAAAGCUCUGACUGUAAUUUCCACAAAGAGCUGGAGGUACUGGGUCAAGAACUGCCUGUGCAGGUUUACCCAGAUGCAGACCUCGAAGACGAGCUGCAGACAGAUGGCAGCCGGGCUAGCCGCUCCUUCUACCAUGGAAGACUAGAGCCAGAUUCUGAAAGUCAGGAAGAAAUCAUCCAGAACAUUGCCAGACAUCUCGCCCAAGUAGGCGAUGAGCUGGACCAGAGCAUCCAGCCCACGCUGGUGAGGCAUCUGGCCACACAGUUCAUGAACGUCAGCCUGUCAGAGGAAGACAGAAGGACCUGCCUGGCCAAAGCCCUCGAUGAGGUGAAGACAGCCUUCCCUAGAGACAUGGAGAACGACAAGGCCAUGCUGAUAAUGACCAUGCUGUUGGCCAAAAAAGUGGCCAGUCAUGCACCGUCUUUGCUCCGUGAUGUCUUCCGCACGACUGUGAACUUUAUUAACCAGAACCUAUUCUCCUAUGUGAGGAGCUUGGUUAGAAAUGAGAUGGACUGAGGGUGCCUGCAGAAGCCGCACCCCAAUAUGGCAAGACUAGUGAAGCUGUCUCCGACAAAACCAUGACCAUGUAAACAGACAUUGGAGUGAAGGCGGGUCCCGGAGAACAGCCACCUCCCUAUUUCCAGGUGGUGGGACUCUCAAGCCGGUGAUUCACUAACAUUUCUGCAUUCAGCUUGAGUGUAUGAAGAGUUUACGCCAGCUCCCGCAUCCACACCACGUACCUUUGUCUUAUCAGCUGUACGGGUUCCCACUUGGAAAUUAAACUUAAAAGCGGGCUGUAAGGCAGAAAAGCGUAUUCGUAAUAUGAAGUGACUUUUGGUGAGAGGCCAGUUCUGGGACUCAGUCUUGAUCUUGUAGGUAGGCUUCUGUUUAAGAAGAACAACGCCAAGAGAGAUUUAUCAACCCAGGAGUGUGACAUCCACCCAGCCUAGUGGAUACCCCAGUACUCACAAGGCCCCCACCUGGCUUUGUAAAAGCUGAAUGACUGUUCUCAAACCAUGGGAAGCCUGACUACCUACCCCCACCCAGGAGUUUAGCUGUUCCAGGAAUCAACUGUUUUCUCAAGAUUUCUAUUCCAGUGGAAACAAACUGAAUCGUGCAUUUGAUUUGUCUAUGUGAUGUCAGUUGUUAUGAUCAAGCUCUUGCUAGGGAAUGCAAAGAACAGCUCACAAGUGUCAAAGCAGAAGGAACAGAAGAGAUCUAAAACAGCCAGUGAUCCAAACAGCAGCAGGUCACUCGCAAGUUCACAAAAGGUGACUUCCUGUUGAGUCUGACACACUUUCUUGGUUGUAAAGCAAAGUUGCCAUCCUCUUUCCCCAGGCAACAUCACAGAAGAUUCUGUGUAUCAAACCAAAUGUUCCCUUUGCUUUUGCAUUUCAGAAACAAGGUCUCACUGUACUCAAACGUGUUUGGUAAGUCUUCUGCUGAAGCUGGGGUUGUGGGCACAAGCCACCACAGCCUGCAAGUACUCUAGCUUGGAACUCGUCCAUGGCAGCCACGGAGGCUGUGACAGUUUGGGUGUAUCCAGUAAGUUGGUGGAUUUUUCUUUGGUAACAUGAUCUUUGUGUGAGUAUAAUUCAGAAAUUAUUUUAAUUCGGAGAAUAUUUUUCAUUCUGUUCUAAAAAUAUGUGAAUUGCUUUAAGUGAUAGAAAUUUGUUUCUUCAACAUAAAAUAAAAGGUUCUUCUCUAAAA